AAGUCACGUGCCAAAACCAGGAAGCGGAUGUAUUGCGGCAAGCCGUCACGUGAAGCGCUAUUUCACCGCAAUCUAGCGAGCUGAAAACCGGGGGAACAUGAAUUCCGUAUUUUUGCGAAAGGCAGGAAUAGCAUUGAAAGAUGCGUGCCCCGGGCUUUCUCGCCAUUAUCUGUGAGUAAGAGUGCGUGUUAUCCCGGUUACUGUACGCUGUGUGGUUCCCGGCAUGCACCGGGCGGGCAGUGAGAGGGGUACGUACAGGAAUAGUCUGGGUAACCCUCACAUCAGUGCUAUCAACUCUUAGUGCAGUGUCUGCAGCGAUAGCGUCUGUUAUUUAUGGCUCCCAAAAAUUUGUCACAUUCCUACUUCAUGGGUUCACGAUGAGCAGGGUAUUCGGAAAAAUCAUGCUCCUGCAUUCUAGACCGGUAGUAAUACUCUAGUAUGCUGCUUUAUUCCAGAACCCCGAAUAUCCCUUUUUAAAUUGUUUACUUUGUACAGUGUAGUGUGUGUGUGUGUGUGUGUGUGUGUGUGUGUGUGUAUGUAUAUAUGUGUGUGUGUGUGUGUGUGUGUGUGUAUAUAUAUUAUUAAUUAAUUAUAGCCAAAAGUACAAGAUAGAUAGCACUCCAGGGACUUCCAAGUAGAAUGAAUAAAACUUAGCUUUUAUUAGCUCAAAAUAAAAAUCAACGUUUCAGUCUGUAUCACAGACUUUGAGCCUGAUGAAAGUCUGUGAUACAGACUGAAACGUUGAUUUUUAUUUUGAGCUAAUAAAAGCUAAGUUUUAUUCAUUCUACUUGGAAGUCCCUGGAGUGCUAUCUUGUACAUUAAGGAAGGUGGAGUGCAUUACAUUACUAUUUUUGUGUUGUGUGUGUGUGUGUGUGUGUGUAUGUAUAUGUGUGUAUAUAUAAUAUAUUUACACACAUGGUUAGUUGUUAGGGCAGAACUGAUAUGUGUGUGUGUGUGUGUGUGUGUGUGUGUGUGUGUGUAUAUAUAUAUAUAUAUAUAUAUAUAUAUAUAUAAUAUAAUUUUUCAGGGCAGAAUCUUUUAUUUACAGCUAUUGUUCUGAAUUGAGUCUUUCACAGCUUGAAUACUCAUCUGCUGAAUGUUGUGGAGUGAGGCACCUCACAAAUAAAGGCACACACUUCUAGCUCACUCCUGGAAAAUAUGCCUAAUGUAGUGCAGCUAAGCAGUAUACAAAAUAGGAUUUUUUUUUUUUUCUUUCAAAGGACUUUCCAUCAGGACACAGAGACAUGGUGUCCUUUACUAAACUGAAUUUUAACUUUUAAGUAAAAAUAAAUGAACUUGAACAAUUCUCUAAGUCAGCUUUGCUUUCAAUUAAGCUAUUCUGAAACUCACAAUUCUUACUUCAAGAAAUUACCCUGAUAUUCAGGUUUAUUUACUAAAGUGAGAAUUGUCAGGUAUUCUAAAAAAAAUUAAGGCUAAGAUUUAACUAAAACAUUCUCCAAGUCAGCUACGCUUCCAGUUUAUUAGCCGCCUUAAAUUUUGAUGUUCACUUUGAAUUCCCAACAGUUCUCAUGUAAAGUUGCAUUAUAGGCACCAGGAAAACAUUUUAGCUUAAUGAAGCAGUUUUGGUAUAUAGAUCAAUUCACUGCCAUUUAGGAGUUAGAUCACUUUGUUUAUACAGCCCUAGCCACAUCUCCCUGCAUGUGACUUACACAGUCUUCCUAAACACUUCCUGUAGCGAGACAUUUCAUGUUUAAACUUCCUUUAUUGUACAUUCUGUUUAAUUUAGAAUGUACUAUUUCCUGCUCUGUAAAUAGCCUUCUAGACCAUGCAAGAACCUCAAAGAGAGAGCGAAAAAGAAAGAGAGAGAGAAAGAAAGAGAAGGCGGUUCGCCAGGAAGCGUGGAGGUGAAGGAGCAGAAAUCUUAUUGCAGUUCUUGCUCUGCUCCCACAUGCGGCCUGCUCUGAUACUGGGAACUAGAAUAUGAUGUCAACCCUGGACCCGCAUCACUAAACUGCAUGCGAAUGAACAGAGCAAGAAUAGCCUGAAGAUUAUGCAAGCCCCACAGGACCUUAGGGAAAGGAUCCCCUGCAGCUCUCCAAUAAAUUGGAUACACUUAAAUAAAAAUAAUCACUUUUGAAUGUCUGUCAGUGUGUCCAUGGCUGAGAUCAAUCUUGAUGAUCUCAAGCCAAAGCAUUGUGAGGCUAUUGCGCAUACACAACAAAACGCUGCACUGCGCCAAUCUUCAUUUCCUUAUAGAGAUGCAUUGAACUAAUGCAUCGCUAUGGGGAACAUUCAGCAUUGUAAAAACCUGACUCCUAACUUUUUUUAGCUGGCUCUUAGAUUCCAAGCACAUUUGUUAAGCCCUGUUCUAUACAUUAAAACUGCUCUGUUUAUAUGGAGUUGUUUUGAUGCCUAUAGUAUUCCUUUAAGUUCCUUUAACAGCACUUUUUUCCCUUUAGGAUACAUUUGUUUUUUUACUAUGCUACCUUGGAGAGGGGAAAGCUUCCAGUAAAUUGGCAGGUUGUACCAUCAAACUUUGGACAGUCUGAUAAUUGAGCUUCUGCAACCACUUGUCCAGUGGAUACAAGAAGGUAGAUAUGCAUUCGCUGUAUUGUGAAUGUGUCCAGUUGCAGCUCGGCUCAUUCAAAAUUGUAUGGUCCAAAUCGGUAAAGUGCCAUUAAUGUAAAAAUAAUGGCAUCUGUUUAAUCAAAUGGUUUUACCAGUACGCUGCUAUUGAAAAGGCAAUCACAAUUUUUCUGUAUAAGAGACCUGUUGUACAAUGAUGGCAAAUUUUUACUAAUGUUCCUGUAAAGCAUAUUCCUUAGUCUUUUCUCAGUUUUGAAGGUGUUUCCAUUGCUUUGGCAUAUGUAAUACAUCUUAAGAUCAUUGACUGGAACUAAACAAACAUGACAUGAAGUCUUGUUUUGCAGUGUGUGUGUGUUUAAAAUUGUUACAUGUUUGUUUUCUGUAUUACUUUGUAUUUACUUGUCUGUACUAUACUUUUUUUUUUUACCCCCAGAUCUCUCUGCAAGUCAAAAUCAAGUAAGUCAAUAUUUUUGUAUUUUUUCCAUAAUAAAAAAAAAAAGAAAAGAAAUAAGAUUAUAAAAAAAGAAAUUGCGAGGCUCCAGACCACCCUCUUGAAAAGAGUGAGUGGAAAUUAAGUCUUGGUCACAGAAUUUUACAUGACUGUAGAUUAAUACCUUGCCACAUCAUGCAUGGCUGCCGGUAGAGGAAAGCUUAAUCUAGAAGCUCAUGACCCGUGUGAAUCAUAGUUACAUGGAGCUGGACUUUGUCUAUUAAGUACAUUUACGCAAUAGCUCACACUGUUGUGAUGUGCAUCAUCACCUCUGGUGUUCUGCAUUUCUACAUCAUGAGUCUUACCAAACCUGUGAUUGUCAGUAGACUUGUGUUAAAAAAAAAAAAAUAUAUAUAAAAAAUUGUUUCGUCCAAGAAUCAAUCAAUAUGUAUUAAUCAAAAUUCUUUUAAUCCACACAAAAAUGAAUCAAUUUGUUUGGGGAAAAAUUGAAACCAACAAUUUUGUUCAGAUGAGAUUUAAAAGGAUAUAUUAUUAUUUUUUUUUGAUGAGUAAAACACAUUUUUGCACAAGUCUACUUGUCAGGACUAUUAAACCUAGCUCUGAAGCUUACAUUGACACCAAGGAUAAAGCCCUAACCAGUGUCAAAGAUUACAAAAAGAUGAAAAUGGAAUGUAGUGGCAUGUCACUGACCCAUUCAUCCAUGUCAUUUACCAUGGAGUGAAAGGAUACCAGUAAAAUGAAAAGUGAAAGGGUAUAAACACACACACUGUAACCCCAAACAUAAGUGCAUUCAUACAUAUAUACGCCCUUGGAUGUACUAAAUUGUUAGUCAUGCUCAUGUCAUGGUUAUGGUGCCAUUAGGUUGCAUGUGCCAUCCCCCGGCUUUUUGUCAAAAAAUUUUUGAAGCACAGUGACAAAAACUGUGGGCCCCUCAGGAACCUGCUUGCUAGCUCAACUACUACUAAUACAAAGGUUCCUCUUUGCAUUAGCAAUAGCAUUCUCAUCCAUAUUUUAAAAGAACACUCAAAUAAAAAAAAUAAAAAAUAAGACAGCCACUGACUGGUAAGUGUGAAAAUGACUAAAUUUAAAAAGUGCCACCUCUUUAUUUUUUUUUUUCAUAUUUUUAAAAAAUUAUAAAAUGUAUUGAAAUGUUCUUAAAUAUUAAAUCAUAUGAAAAGCUUAUCCACAAAUUUUAGAUCAGGACAUUAGUUUGCUAGUCAAUAGGGGCAACAUCUUUGCCACAAAAUCACUUACUGUAAAUUUUCAGAUGUUUGUUCUUAGACUGUCCCUAUAAAGCUAUGCAUUUACUAAUGCAGCUGACAAAUUUUAAUUACAGGAUACUAAAACAAAUAUCCUAACCUCAAAUUACCAUAUCAUAUAUAAUUACAACAAGAUGCAUUGUUGUAUAAAUGAUUGUGAGACGCCAAAUAAAAAUCCUAUAUCAAUAUUUAUACCAGGGCUCAAAAUUUACACUAGCCAUUUACGAGUAGAAAUUCACCCCGAUGUGUGUACCAGUCAUCUGCAGGGGCCAUAUGAUCUACACCUUUGCAGUCCACUUUUAGCAUAUCUGGCGCUCACUAAAUUUACUAUUAUGUCCUGGUAGCUGUAAUACUGGCUGAAUGUCAAGGGAGUUGACAUAUCGCAACAGCUAUACAUGUACAUUUAGGUAACACUACACAAUGGAGCCCCAACGCGGGUUUUGCCGGUCAGCGGCUCUUCAAGGGGGAACCCUGGUCCCGGGCUUUUUAGUUUAAAUAUCGCACCCUCCGGUCUGAUUGGUCUACCGGAAUAUUGAUGGUGUCGUCAUAGUGAGUAAUUGAUUAGGGGAACAGAGAUGGUCAUAUUUAUAUUUCAGUUGGUCUAACAUAGAUUUGUAUGGUAGAUAAAGGAAAAUUUAUUCCUACUUGCCGUCAUUUUCUUUUCCUGGUCAUAGGCAGCACAACAAUGGGUAGCUCCUCCCUAUCCCUAACCAGACAGGAACCUAAUUAAAACAGAAGGUAUAAGUAACCCCUCCCACCCUCAGUCUUGUUUCCAGCAAUGUCCCAUGACGGGAUCUUUGUGCUGCCAUGGCCUAUGACCAGGAAAAGAAAAUUAUGGUAAGUAGGAAUACAUUUUCCUUUUUCCUGGCCAUAUCCAUGGCAGCACAACAAUGGCUAGUAACCAAGGGAGGGAAAGAAGUACAUAAACUUCCAAAAUAUGAAUGCAAAUUGACAAAACACACCUCAUAAGGACAGUGGAAAUGAAAAACUGAUUGCCCACUAUUGGCACAUUAUCAAAUUGACCAACUCAAAUGUACCAAAAAAAAAAGUUCCAGGGAAACUUGGCCACCGAUGCUCAAGAGGGAGAAAUGGCUCUAGAGCAAACAGACAUUUAAGUACUAUAACACCUAGGGCUUAGUUGCCUAAAAAACAGCCAAGACUAUCCAUCUGCUGAUGGCUUAUAUAGAGGCUUGAAGAUGUUUAUGGUCUAUUAGUAAAGAUAAACAGACUAUCAGAAGAAAUCCAGAAAGCGGAUCUAUAAAAAUAGAUCUUAAGGCAUCUAUCUAGGACAGGAGGAGAACGUUUUAUUACGACUCUACUUUCUAUGCAAAAUAGUGCUUGAGGAUCUAAUAUCCUUCAGUCUAUGCCAAUGUCACCGAUAGAGCUAACUUAAUAUUAAGCAAUUGUGGAGAGAUAUACUCUCAUGGUUAAAAGGGGUGAAGAUUUCAGUGCCCUAAAAAAAAAAACGGGAAGAAUUCCACAGAGAGCAAUAGAUAACUGUGAGAUCAUAUAAAUACAGCCAACAGAAAUUUAGAUGCUUCCAUAUUAAAGCCCUUUCACGAAAAGAGAGAUCAGAGAGUGCUGAGACCUAUAUCUCUGAGGUGAUGUGGCUAAUUCCUAGAUAAGUACUGGAUUGAAGAACUUAGAACCUUCUUGGCAGAAUGAAUUUGAAUGAAAACCUAAUUAGAAAUAGACCAGGAAAAAAGGCAUCUCAACUCUGUAAAGGAUAUAAGUUUUCCAUGGUCCUCAGAAGGGUAUAAAUUACUGUAGUUCAAAAACUCUUAUAUGUAAGCCCUUCUACAUUAUUGAAACCUUCAGAAUGAGGAAAGUAGCACUGGACCUGACGGAAGAGGUUGAAGGGGUUAUAUCCAUAUAUAUGCUCUGUAUGUGCCUGCCCAGCCUGUUACUCCUUGGUCACUGCAGGAAAUAGGCUGAUAGCAAAAUCUUGCUACCUCUAGGGUCACCGCAAGUAAAUCCAUGGGAAAGUACAAGAUAGUGAGUUGUACUUUAACCCUUUCAAUGAUGGAAUGCUAGUCCAUCUCACAUUAACUCCUUCAGGGAUGAAAUGUUAGUUACUAUAUUAAUCCUUGCAAUCCACGUGCUCUGUAUGUGCAUGUCCGGCCUGCUACCCCUUGGUCACUGCAGGAAAUAGGAUGAUGGCAUAAUCUUGCUACCCCUAGGUUCACCGCAAGUAAAACCAUGGCAAAGUACAGGAUAACAGAGUUGUACUUUUACCCUUUCAGCAAUGGAAUGCUAGUCUGUCUCACAUGAACUCUUUCAGCGAUGGAAUGUUAGUCAAUAUUAAUCCUUGCAAUCCAUGUGCAUGUCCGGCCUGCUACCCCUUGGUCACUGCAGGAGACAGGAUGAUGGCAUAAUCUUGCUACCCCUAGGGUCACCACAAUUCACCACAAGUAAAUCCAUAUGCUCUGUAUGUGCAUGCCCAGCCUGCUACCCCUUGGUCACUGCAGGAAUCAUGGUGAUGGCAUGAUCUUGCUACCCCUAGGGUCACAGCAAGUUAGAACCCCCGGUCACUAAAGGGGUCUCUCCAGGGGAUCUGAACAUAUUUGAUUUUGGAGAAAAGUUCCUCAACCCCAGUGGAUGGUAUUCAUAGUAAACACUGUCCAAAGGAUUUCCAUAGGAAAGUUAACCUCCACCCUUGUGACAUCUUAUCAGGUCCUCAGUGGAGGACCUGGAUCAAAACGCUCUCUGCUGGGGUAAUAUGCUAGUCUGAAAAGAGCUGUACCGAUCCUUGGACCAUGUCGAACUGUAUUCCCAGCUAUACCCUGAACUGGGAGGGAGCAAGAUGACUACAGCAGACCAUCAUCUUUCACCACGAAGAUGUAAAAAUAAGUGAUGUGAGGCAAAGGAUACAUGGAAAUAAGCAUCCUGCAAAUCUAUAGACCUCAUCCAAUGUACUAGGAAUUCUACCUUUAUGAAGAAGAAUGUUCAAGAAUCCUGUAAAUUUAGAAUGGAUCUCCAACACCUGUUAGAAACCGAUUCUUUGUGUUCGAGUUGCCUUUUUAAAAAUUCUCACAAUAGCUUCCUCUAAUUGAAGGUAAGCCAUGAGAUUUACAAAGCAUCUCUUUUUACCUUUUCUCUUCAUCUGGUAGAAUAAUGACCACUUACAUCAAGGUUGAGAUCUAGCACAGUCUCUUCCUGGUGUGAAAUACCUUGGUCCGAGAAGUUAAUGAGAAUCUUUGCAUAGAAAGGGUCUCCUGAACCUUAGGUCUUGAGGUAGACAAGCUUUCCUGACGUUCUCUUGAUCCAUUAAUAUAGGAGGAUGCAUCUGUGGACCAGGUACUAAGCCAAAGAGCCCGGCUAGUAGAUCAAAUGAGCGGAUUCUGGAACUACUGAAAUAGGCUGAAUAUCCUCAUCUGAUGAUUCCAUAUCUCUGAAUGGAUCCAUCUCCAAGGAUUCCUAAGAGUAUUCAUUCUGGGAAUUGUCCAGAGGACCUAAGUUUUAACAGCUUCUAUGACGUCUUGAGAUACCUCCUAUUAAUAUUGCAUAAUACACGGGACAUGGGUAGAUGAGCCUGUAGCCACUUUCAGACAGUCUGUGCAGAGACUUUACUUUUACAAGGAUCUCUUAUCAUAUGCCUCACAAACAAUUCUUUAGUGUGACUUCCCUUGUAUGAUCCGGGUUAUUUUCUUCCCGUAGAGCUAUCAUUAUAGGGAAUUCCAAUUAUUGAUAGGCUCUCUUUUGUUUAGUAAUAACAUAAAAAAUAGAAUGGCUUACCUAUGACCUUUUUUCCGGGAGCAGAGGGAUCUGAAUCCAUAACUGCCCUUUGCAAAGGGCCGUGUACUGGGGACUGACCAAGGGGCAAGGUAACUACCCUCAGGUAAGCCAAAAAAUUUUUUUCUCUAGUCUUAGAAUGACUAAGGCUGUCCUAGGGAUAGGACAAGAACAAAAAUACUGAGGAUGGGAGGGGUUAAUUAUACCUUCUGUUUUAAUUAGGUUCCUGUCUGGUUAGGGAUAGGGAGGAACUACCCAUUGUUGUGCUGCCUUGCAUAUGGCCAGGAAAUACAUGUAUCUACUAUAAUGGUUUGAAGACCAUAAGUCUUAUCAUAAAGUUAUUAGUGUGUAGUAUGCAAUGUGUCUAUGUUGUUUAGACUGAGGAUAGACCAAACCGAAAAGCUUAACAUAAACUUUGUGGUCCUAGUGACCCAUAAGUGUAUGGAAAGGUUAACAUGACAUAAGUAUUCUGAUAGUAAGUAGACUAAGUAUAGUGGGGGAAAAAAUUUUAAUAAUUAAAAUUGACUAAGAAAAAGUGUGUGUGUAUAUAUGGCAGACUAGCUGUUGGUGUGUGUAUGAAAAGCUAUGCAGAGAAUAUGGAGAACUUGAUAUAGGCAGUGUAUGUUUUGUAAGUUAUUAGAAAAGUGUACUUAUUUAGUAGGGGUAUGUUGUGAUAUACCCUAGAUAAUUGGAUGUAAAUAUUUAUUACAAUAUUUAUUAUAAAGAAAGGGGAUGAAAUUUUAUAUAUGACAUCAUCAGGGUCAAUUGUUUGACCCGAGCAGGCUGCUGGUCUGGUGCCCCUGGGAUCACUCCUAUCUUCAACCUGGGUAAGUUAUGGGGAUAUUGGGGGUAUAUAUUCUUAUGGAUUUGAUUUGCAAGCUCAUCCUGAUGAAAGUCUGUGAUACAGACUGAAACGUUGUUUUUUAUUUCGAGCUAAUAAAAGCUAAGUUUUAUUCAUUCUACUUGGAAGUCCCUGGAGUGCUAUCUUGUACUUUUGGAUAUAGAUAUAUAUAUAUAUAUAUAUAUAUAUAUAAUAUAUAUCUAUAUAUAUAUCUAUAUAUCUCUAUCUAGUGUGCCCAAUUUUCUAAAUACUUUCUUUAGUCCCUAGCCUUAUCUUAUGUUAGGAUAGCCUUAUAUAUAUUAGAGUACAUUUGCCAUAUAUGAACUCAAUUCUGAAUAAAUGGUGUGCAAUUAAAUUCUUUAUUUAAUCCAAGGGGAGCUAAUGUCUGAAAUGAAUAAAUCCAUUUGGAUUCUUUCUGUAAUAAAUGUUUGUUGAAAUUCCCUUUUCUCGAGUUGGGCGUCAGUUUUUCGAUUGCUUGAAAGUGUCGAUUCUCAACUCGCCCAUCAUGAAAAUUCUGGCUAUUGGGGUUGGAGUGAUAUUUGUGAUGGUGCCUACAUUUUGGAGUAUCCGACGUCGAAAUUGCUGGAUGGUUUUGCCAAUGUGUUGAGCACCACAACUACGUGUUAUGAGAUAUAGAUAUAUAUUGCGAGUGGUGCUGCAGUUGAUUAAUGCACUGGUGUGUGCCUUGAUUUUAGAUUGUGUAGAUGUAACUGUAGUAGAGGGAGUAAUGAACUUGCAUGCCUUACAGUGCCCACAUCUGAAAGUACCUUUUGGUUUUGGUGAGCCAGUUGGGUUUUGGGGGGAUGCUUGCAAGAUGACUAUGUACAAGUAAGUUUUGAAGGUUAGGUGAUCUCUGGGCAAUAAGUGCCGGGCGAUUAGUUAGCUGAGAUUGAAGUAUAGGAUUGUGCAGCACUAUAGGCCAAUAUUUUGUCAUAAUGUUAGACAUAGUGGGCCAAGCACUGUCAAAAGUACUUAUACAUCUAAGUGUAGAUGAAUUUUCUGAUCUCCUAGUAGACCUCAGGCUCAAGUAUCUGUCUAUCUGUAUGGCUCUUUGAUACGCUCUUUUUAGAACUCUUUUCGGGUAGUCUAGUGUUUUAAAGUGCUGUCUCAGGAGUUGACACUCCUGGUAGGUAAGGUCAUCCGAACAAUUUCUCCUUGCUCAGAGGUAUUGCCCGAAAAGGGAUGGAGGCUUUCAAUUUGAAGGGAUGAUAGCUAUUCCAAUGAAGGAGACUAUUCGUGGAUGUUGGUUUUCUGUACAGUUGAAUAGCGAUUUGUUCCAUCCUCCUAUAACAUGAUCUUAAGAUCCAAAAUGAUUAGUUCCUUGUCAUUGACGUGUCAAUUUUAAAUUGAUUUUGAGUUCUGUGACAAACUUUUCAAAAACUGGGAUUGAACCAGUCCAUAUAAGCAGCAUGUAAUCAAUGUAUUUAUACCAUUUGUGGAUGUAACUAUGGUAUGGACUAUAUUUGGAAGAAUUGCUGCUCUCACCAUCCCAAGGACAGGUUGGCAUAAGUUGGGGCACAUGCUGUCCCCAUAGCGAUGCCCCUGACUUGAAGGGAAUAUUUGCCAUCAGAGAUGAAGUAGGUGUGUGUGUGUGUGUGUGUGUGUGUGUGUGUGUGUGUGUGUGGACAAAUGUCAAUAAUUCAAGAAUAAUUUUUUUUUUUGAAAGUUGUCAUAAGAUGAGGAGUCUAGAAAAAAAGUCUCAAGCUUGAAGGCCUUAUUCAGUUGGUCUGUUUGAAUACAGGGAAACCACAUCAAGGCUAGCUAGAAGGGUAUAAUGAGGCACCUGUAUAUUUUCCAGAGCUAGUAGAGUGGCUUUGGUUUCUUGAAGGUAAGAGGUUAGUUUAGUGACCAUAGGAUGUAAGAUCUUAUCAAUAAAUCUACUGGCCCUUUCUGUAAGGCAGUUGUUGCCGGACCUAAUGGGUCUGCCUGAUGAUCUUUGUGCUCCUUUGGCAAACCAUAAAAGGUAGCAAAAGUAGGAUUUUUGUGUGGCAGAAGAUAUUGGUAUUCAUUAGUGAUGAUUUGUUGUGAUAGGGCUUUUGACAGUAAGAGAUCUAAUUCAGAUAGGUAUUUUAGGGUGGGAUCUGAUGUUAGUGCUGACAUAGGUCGUCAAGGUGAGCCAUGCACAUUUUUACAUAAUUAUCUCUUGAUAGUAUUACAAUAUUGCCACCUUUUGUCAGCAGGUUUAAAAAUCACAUUGUCAAGUUGUCUUAAUUCCAUGAGAGCUUUUCGUUCAUUGAUCGUAAGGUUAUGAUGACUGGGCGUUUCUACAGUCAUACUUUAAAAACCAUUGGUAGACAUUUCCAUAUGAGGAGAUCAAUAUGAGGAGUCUCUUUAAAGUUGGGAGUGUAUCAACUCUGAGGUUUGUAAUUAGUCAAGGGUCUCUUUGGAUUUUGUUCCUGUAAGAGUUUGAGUUAAUCAGGAGUUUGAGGUUUAGGCCCAACUCCAUUGCUGUAAGAGAGUCCUUUUUUUUGGUGUGCAUAAUGUUCAAAGCUAGUUUUCUGCCAAAUAAGUUCUUUGGUCGAAUUAAAUUUGCUGUAUGAGGGUGUGGGGACAAAUGAUAAACCCCUACUCAACAGAAAUAGUUGACGUGGCUGCAAUACCAAUUUUGACUAUUUUGUUCAAUGCUAGAAUUUUCUAAAUCAAUCCUGGGUCUUGUAUGCCCAUCUGUCCCUCAGCCUCUCCCUCUGUUGUCGAGGGGGUUCCUGUUCUAAAAAAGGCUACAAGGAUGUGGAUGGAAUACUUGUAUUGUCUGUAUCAGAGGAAAUUGGUUUGUCAAGAAAGCAUAGUGUUUUAUCUGCAUGUUUAAGGACACUUCUAUUACCAGGAGAUUGUGAAGUUUGCCUCUUGUGAUAGGAACCUCUAUUGGUAGUAGGUCUCUGUUAACCAGACGAGCUACUGUCAGUGUCUGACCAUUCGGUCUCACCAGGAGAGCUCCUAAAGUUAUUUUAGGUGACUUGACCCUAAAGACUUGACCCUCUUUGAAGUCUUUAAAAUCCCUCUGGAAUUUUGUGUGUGUUUUGACUUUGAUGCUUUGUCUAUAGUUUUCAAUAUUCUUUAGCAAUUUAGUUUCCAUAGGCACAUACAGAUUAUCAGAUUUAAAACUUUUAAUCUGAGUAAUUUCGUUUUGUAAAUUGUGAUUAGUAUCUUCUAGGUGGGUAGAUUCAUUUUUGGAUUCCAAUACCUUGGUAAGCAUGAGGUAGCAGCAAUCAGGAUGUGGCUUAUUAUAAUUUUAUCUGUUCUGCAAGUUCUGAGCUUAAUAAACAUCACAAAUAGAUCGAUCUAUUUUAACAAUUAUUAAGUCGUGGAUCAUUUUCCAGUAUCUAGUUAUUUUGGGACAAUGCCACCAUAUGUGAGUCCACCAUAUAUGAGCCAUAUUUCCCAUACCCCCACAAUCCCUCCAACACCGGUCAGAGUACAUAUUGUUCAUAUCAUGCAGUCUAGACUGUUCCAGAUAUAAAAUAUAAAAUUUUGUAAUGGUUUUCGAAAUGGUCAGUACAAAAAGAAAUUCCUUUUAGAGCUUAAAGAAACUGAACCAUUCCUCAAACUCACAUUGUGUUCCUAACUCCGCAUCCCAUGAUACCAUAUGUUUCAGUUUUUAACUUUAGAUUUUGCGUUGUACAGCGAGUAACACAUCGAUAUUAUACCCCUUCUGUUUUGAUCAUAUAAAAAAAACUUUUUCCAGUGCUGAUAUUUCUAAUGACUUGAAACUUUUGCCAGUUUCUGAUACUGUAUAUAAUUCUUUUAAUUUAUUGAUAAUCAACAUACGUUCAGAUUUCGUCCACUUUCUUUAUUCUUUAAAAAAUAUAUAUUUUUUUUAUAUUUUCUUGACAAUACAAACCCGUAUUAAACUAUCAAUGUUAUAUGCGCCCCAUGUACAUUGUAAUAAAUAUUAACAUCCCAUUAUUAUAUUAAAACAACCCCUACUAAAUAAGUACACUUUUUCUGAUCAUUUACAAAACAUACAAUGCCUUUAUCAAGUCCUUGAUGUUCUCGGAGUAGCUUUUCAUACACACCUCAACAGCUAGUUUGCCGUACAUACGCACACUUUUGCUUAGUAAAUUUUAAUCAUUUUAUUUUUUCCACUAUACUUAGUCUACUUCCUAUCAGAAUACUUAUGUCAUGUUAACCCUUCCAUACCCUUAUUGGUCACUGGGACCACUAAGUUUAUGUUAAGCUUUUUUAGCUUUUCGGUUUGGUCUAUCCUCCGUCUAAACAACAUAGACACAUUGCAUACUAAACACUAAUAACUUUAUGAUAAGACUUAUUUUGGUCUUAAAAACCAUUCUAGAAGAUACAUUUAUAUCUACUAUACAAAUCUACGUUAGACCAACUGUUAGACUAACUGAAAUAUAAAUUUGACCAUCUCCGUUCCCGUAAUAAAUUACUCGAUAUGACAUCACCAUCAAUAUUCCGGUUGACCAAUCAGACCGAAGGGCUCCAUAUUUAAACUAAAAAGCCCGGGACCAGGGUUCCCCCUUGAAGAGCCACUGACCGGCAAAAUGCGCGUCAGGGCUCAGUCAAAACCCCUACCCUGCUGACAGACACUGCCGAUCUAUAUGGAUAUUAUUUGAUCAUUUAUAUUCUUCCUAUCUCAGAAAUCUUAUCAGAGAGGUCAGCAGGGAAAGGGUGAAUUUACUUUACCUCUUUCUCUAUAGAUAGCAGCUAUGAGGUUACAUCUAAUUUUCUAUUAAACAGCUUAUAGACAUUGGGAGGUCUGAAUGUUAGGUAGACUCCAAGCAGACUUCUAGGUACCCUCGAAGGCACAACCUUAGGGAUAACUUAUUGCAAAAUUUUACCUUGGCUCUGCUCUACUUGAUAUUGUUAACCUGUGCACGAGGUACUUUAUGCUCCUUCUGCCAUCCACCUACCCUAAUAUUGCUCUAUCUAUAUUCUCAUAGUGUAUUCGCUUUUGCUAAUUUAUGUAUUGCUACUAGAGGGAUACAGUCCCAUGUUUUAGAUGUUCAAUGUUCUAGACAUUUAGAUGAUAAACCCCCCUUCCACUCCCCCCCCCUGUCUGUGAGGUUCACCUAGUACCAUCUUUUUCCUUGCUUUAAACAAGAUAUGUUGUAGCUGCACUGAUUUUCGCUGCAGAUUGCUAUCUUGUUUCUUUGUCGUACUUCCUACUCUGGGACUUGGCUUACAUGAUUACUAUUUUUCGUAACAAAUAUCUUUGAUAUAGCAAGUUAGCAGUAUAUAUCUCUAGUUAUAUUCUAGUGACUUUACCACUUAGAUUCCUUUUAUUUAUAUAGCAAUUGCACACAGCGAAUUCUUUACUUAUUUUAUGUGGGGUUUUUUUUUCCCCGUGUGUUCCUGUGUCUCAUAGUCACUGCUAUUUUUAUUGAACCCAAUAAUUGUUAUAUUUUAAUAAUUUUGCUUUAUAAGUGAUCACGUCUCCUUGUUUUUCUAUUUACACUUCUGUAAUGUGAAUAUAAUAUGUUGGUUUCCAUUGUUUGUGCAGCUUUAGAGAACAGAGGAAGAAUGUGCACGUUCUGCUUCCAAAUCUUAUCGCAUGAUAAUUACAAAGUGCGCCUGAGACCGAAAAUGAAAAUAACACCACGCAUUGAAAGACUUCUCCAGAAAGAAGCAAAAGAUUACAGACUAAACCUAAAACAAACGAAGCUCCUCAAUAAAUAUAAACUUUCUGAGAGUGUACUGGUAAGAUUAAAUAAAAUAACAAGUUCAGUGUUGAAUUCUGCCUGUACAGGUAGCCAGUUGCCCUUGUUAGUAUUAGUUAUUGUAGGAAAUUGUUGUUUGUUAUUUCUUCUUUCUUUUUAAAGGACCUCUGAAGACGUACAGGCCACUUCAUCUCAAUAAAGUGGUCUGGAUGUUAUGGUCCUGUCACUUUAACCAUUCAACCUUGCAUGGCUAAAGGGACACUAUAGUCACCUGAACAACUUUAGCUUAAUGAAACAGUUUUGGUGUAUAGAACAUGCCCCUUUUAGGAGUUAAAUCCCUUUGUUUAUGAACCUUAGUCACACCUCCCUGCAUGUGACUUGCACUGCCUUCCAUAAACACUUCCUGUAAAGAGAGCCCUAUUUAGGCUUUCUUUAUUGCAAGUUCUGUUUAAUUAAGAUUUUCUUAUCCCCUGCUAUGUUAAUAGCUUGCUAGACCCUGCAAGAGCCUCCUGUAUGUGAUUAAAGUUCAAUUUAGAGAGUGAGGUAUAAUUAUUUAAGGUAAAUUACAUCUGUUUGAAAGUGAAACCAGUUUUUUUUUUUUGUUGUUUUUUUUUUCAUGCAGGCUCUGUCAAUCAUAGCCAGGGGAGGUGUGGCUAGGGCUGCAUAAAUAGAAACAAAGUGAUUUAACUCCUAAAUGGCAGUGAAUUGAGCAGUGAAAUUGCAGGGGAAUGAUCUAUACACUAAAACAGCUUUAUUUAGCUAAAGUAAUUUAGGUGACUAUAGUGUUCCUUUAAAUGUACCUUCAGUUACACUAACAGCCACUGGAGAUAGAAUAAAAUGUGACGUUGCAGACCCCAUAGGAAAGCUUUAAUUUAAUGUUUUCUUAUAGGGAAGCUUGGAUGCUUCAAUGCUUGUCUAUGGGGGACAUCAGGUCCCUAGCGUUCCUCUAUUAGAAACAGUAGAUUAGACCAUCGUGGGGGAGGCCAUGCCUCCCUCAUGCUGUUGUGGAAGGUGGAGGGGUAAGAAGUGGAGAGGGAGCCUCGGAGUUUGAACUAGAUAAGUAAAAAGCUUUUUUUAACAUUUUUGUUGUGCCUAUAUAACUAGGAACAAGGACACUAAAGCAAUAGAAAUAAAUAUUUUUGUUCUGUAUUUUGUUUUACUACUGUAUACACAGUGUAUAAUGCCCAAUGUUUAUUUAUAUAUAUAUAUAUAUAUAUAUAUAUAUAAUUUUUUGUCCCUGUCCUCUUUCUCUCUUAAUCUUUCUUGUAUUCAUCUCCCUUCCCUCUUACCGACUGAUAUUUUACCAUUUACUGUAUUCAAAAUAGUUUUACAUACACAGUGAGUUGUAAUUUGAACGGAUAUGCAACACUAUUCCACCAUUUCCAUUCUAUGAAAACUCAGACAUAAGUCUGCGUCGAUAGGGUUUUCCUACCAGAUCAAUUUUCAUUAAACUGACAACCCAACAAUGCAAUCAAUGAAAACCACUGUACGCAUAUGUGUAGGUUAUGUUCAAGGACACUUAUUACCGGAGGAAAAAUGUGUGGUUUUCACAUUAGCCCAUCUAACAUGCCCUUAUUUAUUAUGCCCUAUUGAUGUCACAUGGAGUUCUUUUACUUCACUCUCAUAACUUUUUUUUGUCCUGGUAUAUAAUCAGUCAGUCUUUUUCAUAAUUACAAAAAAUUUAUGUAUCGUUUGAUUUUUUAACCAUAUACCUUCUUCAACAUAUGCCUCAAUUUACUAUUUUUGUAUAAGCUUUUAAAAUUAUUUAAUACUAAAAAAAGGUUAUUUAUAUUUUUUUAUAUAAUAUAUAAUCUUUUAUGUAUUUUUCUGAUCUGUUAAGGUUUCAUCUUAUUAGAGACCAUGCCCUCACUAAGGAAUAGGCAGAAGAAGCAGUGCAUUGUUUUGCAAAAACUGUUUCUCUUUUUGAGUUGUCUAAAUUAGUGGAUCCAAAUCACUGACGCAGGGCUGAGCAAAAUGCAUGUCAACAGAUCUUGUAGAACAGCAAUUGCCAUGAUAUGUUGCCAGCCUUUGAAAUAGCAAAGAACCAUGGAUGUUUCAGUUUUGCAACAUUUGGAGAUAUACUUUUUGCCACCCAUACUCUAACGUUAUUAUGUAUUUAUAAUGCUAAUAUUUCUGCUGCACUCUCCCCGCCCCCCAACAUGAUAAAAUAAAGAUAAACUCGCCUCUCAUCCAGCAACUUCACAGUUUUGUUGCGAUCACCAUUCAACUUUCUUAGGAAGCCAUUUGGAUAGAUAUCAUCACACCAAUCAAAUGCUUCUCCAUAUAGAAGCAUUGAGGACCUUGAUAUGCCAAUUUGGUUUUCCCCAAGUAAUAUAGUAGUUCUCUAUGGAGAGACUUCUUUAAAUGUUUUUUAAAUUUUUUUGUUAGGAAGUGCUACUCGUAACUUUUACACUAACUGACAAAUGUAAACAUUGCAGUCUCUCACAAACAGCAGUGUCUACAUUUGCAGUGAUCACAUCUAGGCACCAAGACCAUUAUAUUAAAAGGACAUUCCAGGGCACCAAUACAACUUUAAUGUUUGUCCUAGCACCUGGGAUUUGUAAGCUUGUUCAGCCCCUGAGGUGACCGGCUGCCUGAGAGCAGAGGCGGGCAGUUGGCUCAUGGAGUGCAGAGGCAGGCAGCUGACAGGGAGGGGGUGGCCGGCUCAUGUUUUGCUGGAGAGGGAGGCAGUGGCUGAGGGAGGUAGGGGAGCAUCCAGCUCAUGGAUUGCUGAGGGAGGUGGGCGGCUCAUGGAGAGCUGAGGGAGGGAAGCAGACAGCUAACUUAGUGCGGCGGUGAGGGAGGGACUAGUAAUCUCCCUCGCGCGCCUUGUAGUAAUGCCGGUGUUCUAUCAGUCUGGUAUACCCCGUCAGAUUGCUAUACCCACGUCACUUCCGGGGAGGGGAAUCAGCUGGAUCCUGUGCUGCACAUGCAUGCUAGCACUCCUGCUACUCCUCCACAGCAAGGUCCUGGAAGGUAAGUAAAACUAGUUUUACACUUUUAUUAUAGUUAGUGCAUUCACUAAGCUUAGGCACAUGGGACAUUUAGGGUUAAGUGAGGGUACAAAUUAGGGUUAGGUAAGUGCUUCUAACCUCUCUCACACUCUAUUCUUACCCUAACCCUUGGGGUAAGGGUUAAAAUAAAGUGUGAGAAAUCACUAUUUAGUGAUAUUCCCCUAAAGUGAAAUAUCACUAAAUAUGAACAAGUCCCUAAUCCUAACCCUAAUUUGAACCCUAACAUUAACCCUAAAUGUCCCAUGUCCUAAGCUUAGUGAAUGCACUAACUAUAAUGAAAGUGUAAAACUAGUUUUACUUACCUUCCAGGACCUUGCUGUGGAGGAGUAGCAGGAGUGCUAGCACGCAUGUGCAGCACAGGAUCCAGCUGAUUCCCCUCCCCGGAAGUGACGUGGGUAUAGCAAUCUGACAGGGUAUACCAGACUGAUAGAACACCGGGAGCCGGGUUAUGACUUCUCUCUGGAAGAUGACAGCAGCCCCACUGGACCCCAGGGAAAGCCUAUCUAGUCCAGCUCUCCAAAGGUAGGGAGACACGGUGGAUUUAAAUUAAAAUAAAAAAGUAAUUAUUUGUGUGUGUGUAUGUCGUUCAGUGAGUGUGUGUUCCCUCCAAUCACAUGGGAAAGGUGUUUUUACUCUCCUUUUGUCCCACACCGUGCUGGUGAUCUUGACGAUCUCAGCCAGUCCCCCAUGGGAAAGCAUUGUGAGACUAUUGCGCAUGCACUGCAAAAUUCCACUACACCAAUUUAACUUCUCGAUAGAGAUGCAUUGAAUCAAUGCAUCCCUACAGGGAACAUUGCGAGUGCUGCACAGUGUGAAGGAAGCACCUCUAGGAGCCAUUUGAGUGACUGUCAAUAGAUGUCACCAGGCAGCAAUGUAAACACUGCCUUUGGCUGAAAAGUCAGUGUUGUACAUUGAAAAGUGUUCAGGGAUAGGAUAUAGACUUCAAAACAACUACAUUAAGCUGUAGUGUUUCUGGUGACUAUAGUGUUCCUUUAAGAAUUGUAUUUUUGGUGUUGAUUUCUCUGGCUCCUAACUUUUCUAGCUGGCUCCAAGAUUCAAAGCAAAUUUGUCAAGCACUGGCAUAAAGGAUACACCAAAAUAACUUAGGUCAAAGUUGGUUUGGUGCUUAGUGUCCCUUUUAAAGGACAACUGUCACCUAAAAACUAUUUUCUUAUUAUGAUCCGUUUCUUCAAGUUUUAAAAGAAAUAUAUAUUUAUUUUUAAUGAAGUUUCUGUAAAGAAUGUGUGACAUGUCAUGAUUCACUUUUAUUCCAGAAGUUUGGUCCUUAAGGGGUUAAAGCGGUACUGUCAUGCCGAGCUUACCGUUCCCUAAUCGCUUUCUCUUAUUUUGCUCUCUCGGGAUCUUUUUUCUUUUUUCCUAUGUGCUCUAGUUUUCUUUAAAUAAAAAAAUCCCAGGCACUCACUGCGAAUUUUAUGCAGGCAGAUUUAUUGCAACGUUUUGACCUGUCAAGGUCUUUAUCAAGCUAACACCAAAGUGUAAAAAUUGCACUUAUAUACACACAAGUUACAAACAAACAAUCAAUUAAUUAGGUAAUUAGGCAAUUAGAAAUUGCUUUAGACAAACAAGAUGAACCAGGCGCUCACCCCGGGAACCUUUCAGUUGGCCGAAUACACGGGGACACUAAACAGCGCACACCGAGCAAACAUCAACUUCCGGCUCUGCGUUGUGACGUCAUGAGUUAGCGACUCUGUACCUGUUGUGCUGGAUGACUCUUGUUCCUGGGGGACCACUUCAAUUACAGAGUAUACUACAUGCUACUACAGUAGAGAGCUGACUCAUAUGGCUCUCUAAAGUGUGAGUGCUCCUAAUUAUUUCCUAUACCAGUAAUUGGUUUAUGCAUAUUGCCCUAUGAUAGCUGUCUAUGUUGCAGAAUAUCUCAUCUAGCAUCCACUGUGUGCGCAAACCACCUUUUUCUGUAUCCAUUUGUAUAAAUGUAAGUGUUUUUAAAGGUGACUAAAACACUGGUUUGGUUUUAGACGCACUACUUAUUUAUUCUCUGUUUAGCGCCACUUAUCCUAUUGUUUGUGUUUAAACAAGUGUUAUAAAUAAUACAAUCAAUAAAUCAAGUGCCUCAAACUUUAAAAAGACCUGGUAAGGAAUAAGAAGGUAAAUGGCUGAAACACAGUCAAAGAAAAAAAUAAGCAGUCCAGGUUUUACACAAAAUCACAUAAACUAUUAUAUAUACACAGAUCUAUUUAAUAAAUAUAAUUCAAUUUUUACACUAUGGUGUUAGCUUAACAAAGACCUUGACAGGUCGAAAUGUUGCAAUAAAUCUGCCUGCAUACAAUUCGCAGUGAGUGCCUGGGAUUUUUCUAGUUGUAUAUAUUCUUUUGGUUUUUUUUGCUGACCCUUGCUCAGUAGCACCCUGGACUGAAUUGCUGUGGCUGAGGGCGACCCUAUCCCUUUUUUUCUAUUACUAGUUUUCUUUAAAAAAAAUACUACUUUGUCUUAUGUAUUUUUCCUACGCUAGUCCUGCUCUGACUCGCUUCCUGUAGGCCUACUUGCGGCAUGGCCACAGGCUGCUCACUGUUUAGUAGACAUGCCCUUACUCGUGGCAUAGCGAGUGGGGGCAAUCAGAAGAUUUCAAUCUCCCUUAUGCUAAUAUUGGUGUCAUAUUGACCCCCAUAGAGUGAGGAAGGACAUGGGGGGAGGGUUAGAAGUGGUGGGGAGCACUGCUCCCUGCCGCUUCUAUUUUUUAUAUAUUAAAAGUAGGGAGAUGUGUGCCUGUAGUUCCUUCCUUGUAAUAAACUUAACGAACACCAGCAUUUGGUGUUGGUUUGUUCAUCUGACAUUUCUAUUCAUUCAUUCGUCUUUUUGACGAAUGAAUAGACGAAAUUCCCGUCCAAAUUUUGGACAAUAUCGAAUGCCCCAGUGUUUAACUGGGCAUAUGCAGGAAUUUCACAGCACUAUCUAGUGUGGGCAGGUGACGUGUACCACAGGGCCUUCAACGGCCCUCACAAAGAUGGCGGCACGCAGGACCUAGGUCCGGGCACAAAAUAAAGAUUUAAAAAUGGGUAAUAUGGGGGGUUUAGGGGCAUUUGGGGAUGACUAGGGGUGGAAAUUAGAAGUAGUGGAGUCUGGAGGGGGUUAAAAAAAAGAAAUAAGCAGAUGCGGCCAUGACAGUGCCGCUUUAAGAGACACAUUAUUAGGGUUACCCACUAAAGUGAGAAUUCAAAGUGAAUUUCAAAUUUAAAGGUUAUUAUAGUUGAUCUGGAAACAUUCUCUAAGUCAGCUAUGCUUCCAGUCCAGCUACUUUGGCCUUAAAUUUAAAAUCCACAGGUUCUUACCUGGGAUUCGGCUGGUGCCGCUCACCACCUCUAUUUUCAUUGCAAAGCUGGAAGUUAGCUUAGCUCGUUGGCUGAGAUUGAUCAGUGGGUUAGGCAGAAAGUUGCGCAAGCAGACCCCUGGUAAAAAAAAACAAAUCGCUUAAAAACAGAGCUGUGGUGGUGAUAGUGCUUGGAGUGUUCCUUUACAUUAAUUUGAGGAAUUGUGUAACGCUGGAUGUCCUUUUCUAUGGGAACGGCCUAACACACGCCGCACAAUAGGUCCCCUACCAUCAGCUGUUGUCAGAAUAGGUGGAGACGGAUCCAGCGCCAAAGGACCUCGGCACUAGAGUCGGGUGAGUGAAAGAAACUGCUUUUAGUGCAAGGAGGUGGGGCAGAGGAGCAUGAUAGUGUUAGGAAUACAAAGGUGUAAUCCUAACAUUUCACUGUUACUUUUUAGUGUUAAAUUAUGGUAGACAUACAAUUCGAAUUGGUGUAAGCAUUGGGUAACGGAUGUGAUUGGUAUAGUGUUGAUGUGUGAGUUGGCAUAGGGUUAGCAUUAACUACCAAAAAUAAAUUUAGAUUCUAGACAUAUUAGGAUUUAACAAUCAGGACUAAUAUACAAAUCUAUUUUGAGUUAUUUUUAUUUAGUUACUGUUGAUGUGUGGGGGGGGGGAAAGUGUGGGGGGAAAAAAAAAUAUUCUCUGUCCCUGUUUUUAACAUUUUGUUCACAUGUAAUGUUAGGUAUGCUUAUAGUAUAUUAAAUGAAAGUUAUUUCUGUCCCUAAAAAAACAAUUUAUAUGCAUAUGGGCACUUUAGGAGAAACCCUUAAAUUAUGACAGAACAAACCUAAAGCUCAAAUUCAAGGUUUUGUUUUGGUUCCUAACUUGGACAAUUGUCUCCUAAGUGGUUAACCCCACUGAGGACCGGUGACGGUCCUGAACCAUCAUAACAGAAAACGGACAGCGGGAGCGAUCAGAGAUCGAUUACACCGAAAUCCCGUUGUUACUAUCUGCCCGGCAUCCCAGUCAGAUAGUAGCAGCCAAUUAUGGCAUGUGAGCGAUCUGCAAUCGCUCACAAUUGGCUGUCAAAGUGGGUGUUACACUCACUCACUUUGACCCUGAUCUCUGCCCCUCUCUCCUCUGUAGCGUUUUGUGAGGCGAGAGAGACAGAGAUCAGAGCUAAUAGUUUGUUGCCCGUGUGAAAGAGUUGCUAGAAGUUCCAAAACCUGUUUAAAAAAAAAAAAAAAAAAAAUUAACCCCUUACCUGCCAAGUCCUGUUACUGCAGUGCAUUUGUACUGUUGGCAAUUUUUAUUUAUUUUUUUGCCCUUAAGGGGUUUUUUGUUUUUUUUUGUGAAAAAGCUGUUUUACUGUUCUUCACUGUGUUUUACUGUGUUUUACUGUGUUUUAUACUUGUUAGUUUUGUGUUAGGUAGUGUGUUGGUGAAGCAUGCAGCGCAUGUACAGCUUGGAGAAGGCAUAUGCCUUCUUGGCGUCAGACUCUGACGCCACUGACACUGCGUCUGAUUUUGACCCAGGUCAGUUUUCUGACACGUCUUGUGACACAUCAUCUGUCUGUGAGCCGGCUGCAAAAAGAAGCUGUGCUUCCCCUGCUACGCCGAAUGUGAAGGACUGGGUACCUCCACAGUUCGUUGAGCCCACGUCCCCCCUUUGGUGCCAACGCAGGCAUUAAUGUGAAUGUGGAUGACUUCUCCCCUAUGCAAUACAAGGAGCUAUUUUUAAAGGAUACCAUCUGGUAGGGGAUUGCUUCCCAGGCUAAUUUAUAUGCCACUCAAUUUCUUGAUGCCAAUCCAUGUAGCUGUGUAGUCAGGGAGUAUGCUUGGCAUCCCACAAAUUCUGGGCUCUUACAAUGCUCAUGGGGAUAAUAAAGAAGCCAUCAAUUCGCUCUUACUGGAGCACCAACCCAAUCUGUUCUAGUCCAGUGUACUCCCAAACCAUGUCCAGAACAAGAUAUGAGUUGGUGCUGAGAUACUUACAUUUCAAAGACAAUACCUUCUGUCACCCCAGGGAUCACCCCCAAUAUGAUAGGCUUCAUAAAAUACGCCCACUGGUAGACCAUCUUCAGCACAAAUUUUCUGAAGUUUAUACUCCCCAACAAAAUGUAUCUAUUGAUGAAUCGCUUAUGAAAUAGGGAGAUUAGGGUUCAAACAGUACAUUCCCUCAAAGCGCGCUAGGUAUGGUGUCAAAUUUUGCAAGAGCGAAAGUGGCUUUACGUUUGCCUUUUGCGGAUAUGAGGGGAAAGAUGGUCAACUGGACCCUCCUGGCUGUCCUGACUCUCUGGGGACAAGUGGGAAAAUAGUUUGGGACCUACUGAUCCCCUUGUUCAAUAAAGGUUACCAAUUUCUAUAGUGGUGUCCGUUUGUUUAACCCCUAAAGGACACAUGACAUGUGUGACAUGUCAUGAUUCCCUUUUAUUCCAGAAGUUUGGUCCUUAAGGGGUUAAAACGCUUUAUGAUUUGCAGACACUGGCCUGCAGCACUGUGAGAAAAAAAUCCAAAGAUAUCCCCAGACCUCUCAUAGAGGCCAAAUUAAAAAAAGGUGAAUGCAAAGCUCUGUGCAAAGCUGAAGUGCUUGCAAUUAAAUUUAAGGACAGGAAGGAUGUUAACAUGCUAACCACUAUCCAUGACGAAAGCAUGUCAGACGUCACUGUCCGAGGCAGAGUACAUUCCAAACCUGUUUACAUCAGGGCUUAUAACAGGUACAUGGGAGGUGUAUAUUUGGCUGAUCAGCUCAUGCAGCCAUAUCUUAUUUUAAGAAAGACAAAAGCCUGGUAUAAAAAGUUGUCUAUCUAUCUGAUAACGAUUCAGUGUGGUAGCAACCCACAAUUCGUUUAUUCUUUAAAAAAAAAAAAUGAAUCCUGGAAAAACCAGCUUUCUCCAGUUUCAACUUAAAGUGAUUUCAACAAUCAUUUAUGGAGAUGCUUCCGUUGAAGUUCCAGCAACGGUGCCAGGGGAAUCAAGAAUUGGAGUUGCGCAUUUUAUUUUCAAGAUCCCGCCAACUGCAAAUAAGACAAAUCACUAGAAACGUCUGUUAUAAAAAAGGGAAAGGACAGACACCCCCUUUCACUGGACUGUGUAUUGGAACAUGUUUUAAGCUCUACCACACAGAACAUACCUUUUUGUAAGACUAGUUCCUGAAUAUUUUUUUUGUUUAUUUCUUUUGAAAGCUGAACAUUUUAGUAAGUCCGUUUCCUUUCCCUAAAUCUCCAGUUAGAUUAUUUUUGCAGGAGUUAGUUCAGAGAUUGCUGCUAAAGGUGCAUUUGAUACCUGCACAUUUGGUUAAAAAAGUUAGUUUUCUGACAGAAAUCUAAAAGCAAUGUGUGUAUAAAAAAACAGAAUUCAAAAAUUACCACCACACACUUUCUCUGAAUUUUUGGGGGCAAAAUGGUUGGGGAAAAGAAGUCCAAACCUUAUAUGUGUACUUUAUACAAAUAUAUACUUUCAAACCAUAAAUUCACCUUGGGGGAUGGAAAAAUGCACCACACUCAACAUGUGCCUAGCAAAGCAAGCAAACUAUAUUCAGCCAAAAUGGGCAAGUCCAACAUUUGUCACUGUAAAAAAUUGUGGCAAACCAAUGCAGGUGGUGGAGCGGGGGAGUGAUAUCAAAAAGUAGAAUUCAAAAAUUACCAUGCAAGUUCUCUGAAAUUAUUUUAGCAUAAUGGUUAGGGAAAGGAUGUUUUAAAACACCCCAUAUACAAUACCCUGAAAUGUCUACUUGAUAAAAAUAUACUUUCAUGAUGGUAACUGGGGGAUGCAAAAAUACACCAAACUAAAGACAGGCCAAGCAUGCCUAUGUAUCAAGUCUCUAUCGUGGCCUUUUAGCCCCCAAACAACCCAGCAAACCUAUGCAUGGGUGGUAUCACUGUACUCAGGAGGUGUUGCUGAAGACAUAUUGUGGUGGUGUUUUGCAGUGACACAUAACAGAAUCUGUUAAUUUAUGCCUAAAGUACAAUGUGUAUGGAAAAAACACUCAAAAAAUUACUACCCAAAAGUUUGACCAGGGCUGGUGGUAAAUUCUGUGCAUGAAAAGUGUUAAAAUACCAGCAUUUGCACAUAUGCUUAGAGGACAAUGUUACGACACGUACCGUCGGGUAAAUGAAGCCGCCGUUUAGUCAAUAAUCCCCUUCUCCAGAAAUGCAGUUUAAAUCCAGCCGACCGCCAAACUCCCGAACGAAGUCCACGAACACGGCAACUCCCGAUCAGCAAAACAGUCGAACGCCUUCCACAGCUAAAAAUAACGAAAGCGCUGUCCCAGUAAUAAUUCCCCCACAAACGAGACCAAGCUCCGUGUUGAGGGUCAAAUGAAGAUCUGUUUAAUGGGGGCUACCUGCCCGGUAUUUAUGCAGGUCUCCACAAGGUGGACACUCCCCGAGGGGACCUUGUGGAAGACUGUAAAAUAUGUUAUACAGUAGCCAAUCGCAGUGGCUUCAAUAAUAGCCCUUCCCAUCUUGCCCAUAAUUCCGUCUUCUCUACCUCGGAGAUAAUUAGGAAGAAACCUAAUUAUCUCCCAAGGUAGAGACAGUCGCCAUUUUACUUUACAAUAAUAAAAAUACAUUAAAAUACAUAACUGCAGAAAUACCGAAUGCAUAUAGUUCGUGUAACGUAUCCCCAGACAGCCUGGAUCUGAGUGCAUGUUUUCACCGAAUAGCGCUCAGAUCUGAUGUAUCUAGUCGAAUCGCCAUGGAGUCAAAGUCUUUCACCAGUCCUUCGGUAUACGAAUGACUCCAUGGGAUGGCUGUCUGGGUAAAAGUCCAUACGAAUGAAUAAAAACUCCCGAACGACCGACGUUCGCAUGCCUUGUCGAAAUGGAAGGUAGGCAGCAGCUUCCAGCGGUGUUCGGUAGUUUAAGUGUCCGUUUUUAGUUCCAUACAGUUUGUACCGAACACCGCUAUGUGUUCGUAUGUCCCAAAAUGGCCGCUGCCUCGUGGUCGACAUGCGAACGACGACCACCCGUACGAAUGGAAUGGAGAGGUGUCUGCGGUUAACCACAACGUUCUAAUUGGGGCCAAGAGGUUAACCAGCAGCACACUCCUCUCCUGGGUGGUCGUUCGUUCGGUAGUUUCAAUCGGUAGUUUGCAAAUUACACGAACGGGGUUAUAUGAACAGGCAAUUCAGCGAACAAAGGGAAACAGACGAACCAGCAAUACAGAUGAAUCUGUCACAGACAACAACAACCCGCACAAGUACACAGACUAAAACGGCAAGGAGGCACGUCCACACAACACCCGGAGGAAAUCGCAAAGGAAUUUCUCAAUUAUUAAUCGUCCUUAUACAACACACACAAACAAGGUGACCACGAACGCAUCAAACUGGACCGCACAGAACACUUCCUAAGAGAACACCUCCAUACAACUGUGACGGCCGCGGACGCAGAAACGCUCGAUCACCGAAGACGAAAUACGAACAGCCAUCAAAACAACAAAAACAGGUCGCGCCCCAGACCCAGACGGACUGACCCUAGACUAUUACAAACGACUCCAGGACAUUCUAAUCCCCAGGCUCACAAACGCCCUGAACGCAAUCACGAACGGGACAGCAUUCCACACUGAAUCAUUAUCGGCUACGAUCACAGUAAUCGCAAAGCCAGGAAAGGACCCGGAGGCCUACAGCAGCUACAGACCCAUAUCCCUAUUAAACAUAGACACAAAACUUUUCACCAAGACUCUAGCCACCAGAAUCCGCACUCUGAUGCCAACUCUAGUGCAGCCCGACCAAACAGUAUUCAUACCGGAACGAGAGGCCCGAGAUAGCACCCUACGGGUCCUCGACAUACAACACCUAACGAGAUGAAACAAAAGACCACUCCUCUUGCUCUCGAUGGAUGCCGAAGCUAUACUGAGCUGGAUCGGAGCAAUAUAUAGCAACCCGACUGUAACAGUCCAAGUCAACGGAGUCCUUUCCGAUCUGGAAUGGCACUAGACAAGGGUGCCCCUGUCCCCACUACUAUUCGCGUUAACAUUAGAACCCCUACUAGAAGCGAUAAGACGAAACAUCAAUAUCAUAGGAUACACAUGGAAAACCACCACACACAAGGUUGCUGCAUACGCGGAUGAUAUGUUAUUCUUCAUCACACAACCGAGAAUCACCCUACCCUGUCUAAUGAAAGAACUCGAAGACUACGGACGCCUGUCGGGCCUCAAACUCAACCUGAAUAAAUGCGAACUCUUCAACAUAAAUGACUUAAUGAGAGAACACAGAGCUAUAGCCUUGACCUUCCCCUUCCGGUGGUGUCAGUCCCAAAUGAGAUACCUAGGGAUCUGGAUAACAGUGGAUCCAAGCUCCCUCUACCAAACAAACUUUGUCCUCUCCUUACUCCCAUCCAGCAGGAUCUAUAGACCUGGAAUUACCCACACAUCACCUGGCUAGGCCGCAUAGCGGUGAUCAAAAUGAAUAUAUUACCCAGAAUAUUAUACCUAUUCCACACGAUCCCCCUGUCGAUACCGACGGUAUUCUUCACAUCUCUGAAAACCACAUUCCUGACCUACAUAUGGAAAGGACACAAACCACGACUGCGAUAUGAACUCCUCUGCCAGACCAGAAGAAGCGGAGGAUUAGCUGUCCCAGAUCUACGGAACUACCAUCAUGAAACAGCCCUGCAACGGAUCCUAGAAUGGCACACGAACCCACGACACAAACAAUGGGUGACCCUGGAUAGAGACUCGUCCACCGGCCCAACCAUCUUCACCACCGUAUGGAACACGAAAACGACCGCACAGGACGAACUCAACAAACUCUCUCUCCCCGGCGAGUCAAACCCUUCGGACAUGGGCGUCACUGCGGAAAACAAUGAAUGUCUCUCCCACACCUAGCCCAAUGACCACGCUAACAGACAACCAACAACUAGGAGGAGGACUUCCGGCAAGGGCUUGGAGCUUCCUGGAAGGAGGGGACUUCAUCUCACUCCACAAAACAUUGACCGCCACCGGACUGGCACCGCUGGAACACACCGACUCCCAUGCAAAGAUACCGAUACACACUACCAGAUAGAGCCGCAAUACACAGAACCCUCACGUGGUUCGAAGAAACCUGCGACCAAAAAACGACCAUCCAGGAACCGACAUCAACCCUCUACAAGUACCUGAUCACGAACAACCAAAAGACAGCUCUGCCAUAUUAGAGACAAUGGGAACACCUCACAGACAGGACAUUCACAGACGCACAAUGGGACCAAAUUCUAAUUCUCCAUCACAAAUCCUCAAUUAGCACAUCAUACCAAGAAAUGAAUUACAAAUUACUAACGUUCUGGUACAGAACCCCAGGCCUCCUACACAGAAUAUUUCCCAACGCCCCAGCGACGUGCUGGAGAUGCGAGACUGACGUGGGCAUAGUAAAACACAUCUGGUGGGAAUGCACCAAAAUCAAACCAUUCUGGAACCAGAUUAUAGCCCGUUUCAGGGAUGUCCUAGGGGACGCGCCACAACUGACCAUGGAAAAUAUACUCCUCCACCACACAUAAGACUCGAUCUCAAAAUACAAAAGAUCCAUCCUACGCCACCUCCUUGAUGCAGCCAAGGCACUCAUCCCUACUCUCUGGAAAUGAACACAAGUCCCUCAAUGGAACAAUGGCUAACCAGAGUGGAAGAUAUCAGAGCCGCAGAAGAAAUGCAUGCGACCCUGACAGACAUUCUCUCAAAACACGUAAACAAAUGGCAACCAUGGAUAAUCUACAUGGCAAGACGGGGCGUGGAAGGCGUGGCCGGGGGGAAGGAGACUGAGGGGGAGGACUUGCCCUACCCCACUCCACCCAACCUUCUACACAACACCACACACCAACUCCCACAAACGCCAACAUCACACAGCACCCAAACGAUACAUAAUCAACAUAUCUUAACACACACCCUCCCCAACACACACACAAGCACACACCCAUACAGACACAUGAAUAUCACCACACAACCACGAUCAGUCUGACACGCCUAAUAAUGUACCCCACACAACACUGGAACGAUCACCCCCGGGAAAUAACCACACACUCGAUAGGACCGCGCCAAGCCCACGAACCAGACAACCAGCAUAACAGACAUAACCUCACCAAACUCGGAGACUGAACGAACACACAUACCUCAGACAACAACAAAAUUUACACGACUGAACAUAUAAGAGGCCAACGCAGUACGUGAAGCAAAAGACUACAACCCAUAGAAAAAGAUAACACACACCCGAGCAACUGACACGAACAUAUGACAUAAAGAGAACACCACGCAAGCACGCCUACCACCACUCAUCACCUCAAAUCGCCCCAUCACGAGGGGAUACAAAUAACCCAAACACGACAAACCACACCUGGGAGGACCCACAAAUUCUGACAAAACACCCUCAAGACGCCAACCACACCAACCCGAACCGAGAUGCGAACGCCCCACUACCUGAAGACCCAUAGGCACGAGGCAUACACCAACCACCCACACCCCUAGACACAUACGUCACAUCAACAACUGAGGCAAAAGAAAAACAAUAGACCGAAGACAUGAUCACCCUCUAUACACCUUCGAGACCUCCACAUAUCACACAGGAAGAGUAAUACCCCCGCACACUCAUGGCAGACUAUGAACUCUACUACCUGAAGUGACUAAUUAAUCAAUAUCAAUACUUUACCUACAUACGUAACAAACAAGAAAUAAAAACUGAGCCUACUCUAGAACACACUGUAAUAACAUAGAUAACCACAUGAACAGAAACCAACCACAUCCACAUAUACCACUAGAGAAACCACACCCCCUAACUGGGCGACCCACAUACCCAGAAAUCGAAACCUGACCAUCAUCAGAGGAUAGCGAAACGAAACUCAGAAAAGACAGGUUUAACUCAAAGGGACCAGCGAGUCCAAUGCAUGCUAUAUAUAUAAUGACUAAAUGUUUCCACAGUUUUUGGAGGCCUGCGAGCCUCGCUGUUUAAAAAGUUAAAUUGUUACACGCUAAUACUGUCAUGCACAAAACCAGCAAAAAGCAAGGAAAACCGUACCUACAUGAAAAUAUGUUGGACAACUGCACAUGCAGAUACAAAUCAUAGUCACAUAGCUCAAUGAGGGCACUCCAUCCCAUAUAAAACCACUGCACAUGCACAGGCGGACACACCUUGUUAUUAAUAAGGGUCCACGAAAUAUGACCCGAAAAUGUCAUGCCUAACUCAAGCGGACCUGCGAGUCCAACGCAUGCUUCUUAAACGUACCACUAAUUCCUAACAUUCUUGGAGGCCUGCACGCCUCACUGUUUGGAUUGCUCAAUUGUUCUGUGAAACUGCUAUACUGAAAACAAUAAAAAUCACACUUACGUAAAAUACCAGCAUUUAAAAUACCCUGGGUUGUCUGCUUUUAAAAAAUAUAUGGUUUGAUGGGGGUAAAAUACAUUGACCGGCUUAAAUGUCCCAAAUAGUAGAUGGGUGCAGAUUGACUACAUGUCAAAAUUCCAAGUUGGAAAAUGGAUAUGCGCACCUGCCAAAUGUGGCCUUUUAGCCCCCUGACAAGCCUAUGCAUGGGUGGUAUCCCUGUACUCGGGAGAUGUUGCUGAACACAUAUUAGUGUGUUUUUUGGUAACAACACAUUGCAAUUCAGGUAUAAAUUCACAGAUCAUGUAAUGUAUGUGAAAAAAAAAAGUUAACUACCUAUGCGAAGUUUGGCAAAGAUUGGUGGUAAAAUGGCUGCAUAGUAAGUGUCAAAAUUUCCUUAGAUAAAUACCCUGGGUUGUCUUCUUUAAAAAAAAAAAACGUGCAUGUGGGGUGUUUUUCUAAAACUUAUGACAGAUAACAACAGUGUUACAAUAUCACUAUUGAUACAUUUAAAAAAUGUAUAUUUUGAAAAAGCAAUGUCCUACUUGUACUUAUAGCCCUAUAACUUGCAAAAAAAGCAUGUAAACGUUGGGCGUUUUUAAACUCAGGACAAAAUGUUUAAUCUAUUUAGCAGUUUUUUUUCAUUAGCUUUUGUAGAUGAGUAAAAGAUUUUUCAAGUAAAAGUAAAAAAAACUUUAAUUAUAUGACAUGAUAGAAAUAAUGGUAUGUAAAGAAAGCCCUUUUAGUCCUGAAAAAAACAAUAUAUAAAUUACAGCUGAACACAAACACCACAAAAGUGUUAAAACAGCUCUGGUCCUUAACGUACAACAUGGCCAAAAUAGGCCGGUCCUUAAGGGGUUAAUUACAAGUAUGUUUAAACUGGUUUGUUAUGAAAUUUAGACCAAUUAAUCUUCUGUGGCACAGUAUUUGUUAUAAUGUAUGUCACUUGUAAAAAGUGUUUGCACAUAAUUAACAAUAUAUGUUGGCAGUGCAUCUCUCACUUGCAUAACUCCUGAAUUAAUUAUGAAACAAGAGUAUAUUGACAGUAACUGGCCUUCACUCUGAGUAGGAAUUGAACUUCCCUUAUAUUGAUAUUCUGGGAUGUCACCGCAUGAAUGUGAUAUAAAGGACUGUUUUUUUUCUAAACCAUAAAUCAGAACAACUUGAACACCGAAUUGAUUUGUCUGUAUCUCUUUCAUGAAUCAUGGCUGCGUUUACAUCGGUAAGAAAGAUUUAUUGUAAAUGAAUACAGGGCAGUGCGAGUUUAUAAAUAUUUGGAAGCAUUCAAUAAUCUAUGCAUUAUUAGAAUUAAUAUCAAUUUAUAUCUGCCUAAAUAGUAUCCAUGCUACCUAGGAGUAAGUUAUUCUAGAUCCUGUAGAAAUGAUUUAGUAUUUGAAUAAAUUUCAUAAUUGUCCACAAAAAUUUAAUUUUCUACUUAUAAAUAAUCAUGUUUUCACUGAUCUUUUCUUGUGUGUUAUAUAUUUCAUUACAAUUUAAUUUGCUUUUAGGUAAUGUUUUUUUCAUCUAAUGCCUUCCUUGCUACAAACGGGAAUAAUUUUAUAUUUUGUACCCAAAUUAAGUUGGCAACCAUGUAUCAUUUAAAUGGUUUUUUUUUGUAGUACAGUUAUAGUGUAUAUUAGUAUAUGUAUUUUCAAAUAGUAAUAAAAUAGUGUUGCAUAAAACACAAUGGUGUGUGUGUGUGUGUGUGUGUGUGUGUGUGUGUGUGUGUGUAAAUCAAAUGUAUUUCAUCACAAUAUGUGGCAGCAUAGCUUUGAAGUACUAGUUGAAGAAAUUAUUUUAUACAAGUAGCAAUUUAUUCUAAAUAAAGCAAUACUGUUUAUGUAACAGGGUUGCAAAACCCAUGACACCCUUGUAUAGUCCUAAGAAUUGAACAUGAAAUGCGUUCAUGAUACAAUUCUGUUACUGCAUGCUAUAAUGUCCCUGUCUCUUUUUGUUUUCAGGUCAUCCCCCUCCUCCCAUGUGCAUUAAAACAAAAACAAAAAAUGUUUUUUUAACUUAUCUUUUUUCCAGUGCCAAGGCUUCCUUGGCAGUGCUUACCUCUCUCCACCUCCUGCAACAUCACUGCUGAUAUCUAAUCCAGUUCUCCUCAUAGAGGACUUAAUGCUGUGCACACAGUCAAACAUCCUGAUGGGAAGUUAUUUGAACCUGAAGUGAAUGACAUUCAAAUAGUUGUUGUUGUUAACUGAUCAGAUUACAGUUGUUUGUUUAAGAAAUGUGUUCAUUACCUGCAAAAGCGUGGUUCAUUUAAAAAAAAAAAAAAAAAGUCAGCUGCCUGACAACAGGAAUUAAUUUGCAUCUUCCAGUGAACUGUAGAGGACUGGGAUCAUUCACCUGAAAAGUAUUAUAAUGUAAUUUAUUAUACAUUGAGAUGGUAAGAUCACCACCUCCUUGUUACUGUAAGUUGAAAACUUGUCUUGAAUUUGCUCAUUCAUUCACUAUAAUAUUUUGGUACUUUAUAAAUAAUACAUGUACACUUGUCUGACAUGCUAAUUGACACCAUUUUGUUUAGUCGUGCAUUUAUUCAUAUAUAUAUUUAUUUCAGGUAGUUACAUGCAACACAUGCAAAAAAAAUUCAAAAUUUCCUGGGGAGAGUCGAAGUAGUCUUGCUAACAGUCCUGGCACUCCCAAGAUUAAGCGUGGUUCUGCAACUUUGGAUCUGAGAACCCCAAGUUCCGUUAGAAAGGCAAACUUAUCUUACAGUGAAGAGAAGCUCAGCUCUACAGGCAAGAGUCCUGUAAUAACUCCCAGGUAAAUCAAAUCUGAUUCUGUAAACUUUUGUAAUCCUGGUAAAAAUUGUACAAUUCUGUAAGUCAUGUAGAUUCUGUGCUAUGAAUGGCCAACAUGUUUCACCACUUAAAUUCUUUCUUUGAUGCUCACGAGUUUAAGGUAAAUGUAUUUUUUAUUAAGUGCAUUGAACUAAUCUAUUACAUUAACCCCAGCAUGACCUUUGUUUAAUAGAGCAAAAUGUUUGGAGGCAGACACAAUCUAAUUUUUUCUUUAGGUUUGCAGAAAUGAAAACUCCACUUAAAAUUAAAUAAUGCUGUUCAUAUAUUAUAUAUUAUAUUUUACAAAAUAAUGCACGUAAGGUUAGAAUUACUUUUGGUUUAGAAUGAGAUUUGGGGGUUGCUCUUAGAUCUAUCCUUAACCCUGAGGGAGGCAAUUUAGGAAUAAAGGAGCAGAAAUAAAGGUCCAGUAUAUGCACCAAGACCACUUAAUCGCAUUCAAGUUGUCUGGGCUGUCUUUCUCUGCAACAACAGAGGGGAAACUCAUGUGAGGGAACGUGAUGUGACUAAAUGCACCUCAAUUCUUUCCUAUGGGAAAUAUUUGAUUGGAUGCAUGUGUGGAGCUUGUGCACCUUGUCCCCAAUGCUCUUCUGUAAGCAUUGGAUUGGAAGUUCUUUGUGGAAGCAACACCUUGCAGGACAAGGCAGUAGCACUAGCAGUAGGAAAAGUAAUUUUUAAUGCAGAUAGGGGGAAUGUGGACGUGGCUAAAUCUAAUUGAGGACCAGGGUAGCAUAGAAUUUGAAACACAAGUGUGUGUUCCUAGUGAAAAGUAGUGUCACCGACAGAUUCUCGAGAUCUCCUAACCGACAAGAUAAGUCAAUUUAGUUUUUUGUUUUUUUUUGUAUUCUGCAAUCAAAAUUCCUGGGAUAGCCAUUUAUUCCUUCUUAAAGGGACACAACACACACUUACAGCACAAAUCCAGAGUGGAGCUAAACUGAAGAGGCAGACAAUUGCACAGAACACCCAGCUUGCCAAGACUACUCAUUGAGUUGCAAUGGGAAGUCUGUGAUUAGACAACUACAAAAAGUCUGGGCUGGGGAAGAACAGGGGCUUGCAAAAGCUGCAGAUGAGUACUGCAUCUUUUGCAAGCUGUUUUUUGCAUACUCCCAAUGGGGGAAAAUGCAUGCAUGUUUUCAUUUGGGGUAUAUCUAGUAAAUUUGUUAAAAAAAAAAAAAUUCUUCCAUUGCGGUGUUCCUAUAACCCGUGUCCAAGUCUAUCUUGAAAUAAAGCAAGAGCACUGACGUGGCAACAGUCGGCAUCAUAUGUAAAUUCCAUAGGAGCUGCUCAGGAGUAUAACAAAGCUAUUGGAAUUGCUAGUGAAAUCAAAGCACCGAUUGCAAAGUUUCAUGUGCACUUUUUAAAAGAAUUAUUGGUCAUUUUAAGUCACUCUAUAUGGAAAAGAGUAGUAAGAUAGUGUGUGCCUGGUUUAUGCUGGUGUUUUUUUGUUUUUUUGUUUUUUUUCUUCUAUUUGCAUUUGUGUACUACAUUCUGCACCCUUUUAGUUCUAAUUUAAUGCGAUGUAAUAGAAUCCAUGCAAGCUGUUAGGUGUCUGUAGUCCCUACAUGUCUUGAGAUAAAAAAAACAAUAAUAAUAAUAAUCUUGAUCACAAAUAUGCAGCCCUAGUAGAACACAUUUAGUACAACUGACCAAUUUCCAAUCCUGUUACACUGUUGAAUGACACAAGUGAAUUUCAAAUUUAAAGGAACACUAGAGCAUUAGGAAAACAAAACUGCAGGAGGACACUAGCGUUAGGAAUACAGUCAACAUUAUGUCUGACACUUCCCACCCAGUGAUGAAAGGGUUUAAAAAAAAAAAAAAAAAAGUUUUAAAUUCUGUUACCUUAUUCCAGCACAAUGGGUCAACCUUAUGCGCAUGUGUGGCAAGUGCCGUGCACACAUUAGGCCCUCCUAUAUGAACGCACCAAAUCAAUGCUUUACUAUGGGGUCUUGAAGACACUGGAUGUUCUCAUGCAAAUGUUUGACAUUGCAGGGUAAAGGGUAAAAGGAAAACUGUAGUACUAAGAAUACAAAGUUGUACUUCUAUCACAAUAGUGCCCUAUAGUCUCCACCUCCCCCCUUUGGCACAAACCUAAAGAGUUACAAACCCUUUAAUAAUUUGCCCAAUUCCAGCGCUGAUGUCAUCUCUCAAUGCUGGGUCAUUCUCCUCCUCCGUUAUCAGAUGGGGAGAUCUAAUGCAUAUUAGCGGCAAGCACCACAUGUGCAUUAGGCCUUCUCCAUAGGAAAGCAUGGCCUCAUUGCUUUUCUAUGGGGUUUUCUCUAAAGCUGGACGUCCUUGUGCAGAGCGUGAGGGUGUUCAGUGUAAUUUUAAUAGUCAAACUCCAUGAAACUUUAGGAAGUGCUUCUAGUGGCGGUCUGGUUGACAGCCACUAGAUGCAGGCUUUGUACUCAUUGCAGUUUCUCAAAUAUUGCAUUUAAAAAAAUAAAAAUAAAUUUUUUUUUACAUUGCAGGACUAAAGGACACUGCACCCAUACUACUUCCAUGAGAUGAAGUAUUCGGGGGGCUUGUAGUUUCACUUUAAGUCAUUCAUGCUUCCAGUUCAGCUGCUAUGGCUUAUAUUUGAAAUUCACUUUGAACUCCCUUUCAUUUUGAAAACAUGUGCCGUGAUUAGAAAUGUAAAAAAAAAUGUUUUCAUGUAAAACACUUUUAAGCUUGAUGUGGCAUAUUUAAUAUGUCUGCGUUAAUGUGCAUGUUUGUGUUUUAUUUUUUUGUGUAUUCAGGUUCUGUGCUUCUGCACAGUCUUCACCAGCCUCUCUACCAAAAUCUGUGAAAAAAGGAAAAUUCAAGUUCUCAAGAUUAAAAAUGAUUUUAAGUCAAGAGACAAAAGAAAUACCUAAAAAGGCAGAUUUACAGAACUUCCUUUCAUCACUCAGCUAAUAAAUACUAUUUGUGUUUCUUUGUGGAGCUUAUAUGUAUGUACAAUGGGCUUUAUUAUAUAAGAAUUAUUCUAGUAUUAUCUUGCACAAGUAUAAACAGUUAUUUUUUAAUCAAGUGUUAAUAAAUUAAAUGUGGAUUAAUGAGUUUUUUUUUAAUGUAUAUUGAAUGUAUUAACAACAGAUCUAAUUUGAUGGCAUCUGUAAUGAUUAAAUGCUGUCUCAUUUGUCUCAUAGCCCUGCGCUAUAAUCUCACUACUCUUUGGCAGCAGCAAUGGUAUUCUGUAAAAAAGAAAAAGGAAAAAAAAAUUUCAUUUCGUAGGGCUUUGUAAUUGAAAAAAUAUCAGCAUAACAGUUAUUUAAAGCAAGGAAUGCAUAGCUAGCAUAUAAAUAGAGGCGUCAGUAGAAACCACGGGGUCCUGGUGUGAAAAUUGCCCUGCCCCCCCCAUACAUCUACCUCCUACCCCACACAUGCAGACAAACAAAUACACAUGCAGACACAUACAGACACACACAGUGACACAUUCAGACACAUACACACACUCAGACACACAUACAAAUUACUACUAUUAAAUGUCCACCCAGCCUCUCUACCUGGAGAGCUGGCGUGGAUCUGUCCAGUGGGGCUUCAGUGUGGCAGGCUGCAGAGUUCAUGUCAGACGUGGUGAGGGAGCUGUGUUCUCUCUGCUCUGCUCCCUCGCGGGCUGUCUACUGAUGUCGGGAGCCGGAAUAUGACGUCAUUCCAGCACCCGGUAUCGGCAAACGGCACGCAAGUGAGCAGAGCGAUUAGAGCUUCCUCACCACGUCUGACAGGAACUCUGCCGCCCGCCAGAGGGGUCCAUUAUGUGGCCAGCGGGCCCCCUAUGACAGGGGGAACACGGAGGGGGCAGUAUCUAGGCGGCCCAUGGUCACAGGGGUCGUGGUUGCGCCCAGGCCCCCUCCAGUGAGGGGCCCGGUUGCAGCCGCGACCAUGGUAGGUAUGCCACUGCAUAUAAACAUAUGACACGGGAAUUGUGUGUAUAGAUUGGUUUGCAGAUAAACUUAAAAGUAUAACAAUUUACACUUUUUAUUUUUUCCUUAUUUGUUAAUCAUUUAUAAAAAGAGAAAUUUAAAGCUUGAGACAGUAUACACAGUCUGAAAUGUUUGUAUAAAAGCAAAAAUGCAAACCUCUCACGUACCGUAGGCGUGACAAAAAUAUGUAAAUAAAGAUGGUCAAAAUCUUUGCUUACAGGUAUAUGUAUGGACCCUGAAGCUUUUACUAGCAGUACAGCUUACUGACCCUGGCAACAGAAUGCAAAAAGAAUGUCUGCAUUUAAGUAUAAUGCCCACAUAGAGUUAAAUAAUAUAUUUCUAAAAUAAAGCAAUUUAAAACUGCUAUAGCAAUCUUGUUCAAUCUCUCUUAAAGAUUAUAUAAUGCUGAAGGUGAAAUGGUAGAGUCCAUUCACUCCUUCCCCCUCCCUGUCUAAGGAUAGUAUCACUUGGUGAAACUUCCUGUACUAUUUGAAAGCAGGGAGUGAGCAUUACAUACAUUAUAUCAUUGACUAGUGGCUUCUAGCAGAGAAGUUUGUUCCUCUGUAGGCUGGUAAUCCUAACUAGAGAAUUAAUGAAGGUGUUAAAAAAAAACAAUAAUAAUAAUCCUGAUCACAAAUAUGCAGCCCUAGUAGAACACAUUUAGUACAACUGACCAAAUUCCAAUCCUGUUACACUGUUGAAUGACACAAGUGAAUUUCAAAUUUAGACCUUUAUGGACUAAAUUUCAUACUGCAAAACACAAUUAAAAACGUUUAUAUUCGAUUCUGAUAUUAAAGGGGUUUAAGAAGGCUAAACUCUGAUUUAAAAUAUAUGUAUAUAUUAAUUAAAGGUUUAUAUAGGAAACGCCGAACCUGAAGUUGUUGAAGGGAUUACCCAUUCUAUAAAAACACAGGCCGCCCCUUCCUCUAGGCCUACACUGCCUGGUUCAGUGCAGAACCAUCUACUUUUGGUUCAAAGGUCAUCAACACCAACUACCUAAACUCCAGACAAUCUGGUCUUGGCUUUGUGUGUCCCACGCAAGUAUUCAUUUUACCUAGUAAAAAAAAAAACUGCUGUUUUCCUCAAAGUUCAUGGGGCGCUGCUGCGGCUUUUCCUGUUGCUGUUCGCGCUGUUUCACAACAAAAAUUUAAGUUUUUAGUUCAAGCCGUGCUGUCACUGACAUUCAACACGUAUUCUGUCCACAUUCAUUUUUUUUAUUAACUAGGGUGGCAUUCACAGUUCAAUUCAAACUCUGACCUCAUUUGGAUCCCGUGAAUUUCACUAAUAAUGCAAAUACGGCCUAUUUUCAAUCCUGCAUAACAUCACAUUGAUACCUCUAUUUGGUUCAUGUAUUCUGCUUGCUGUAUUCGUCCAUCAUUCUGCCAUAUCAUAUGCAAUUCAGUUAGUCACCCUACAUUUGUAUACACCCACAAUGUAUAAUAAAUUCUGUGACCUAUUCAGUUUU